AUGAACGAAGGUUGCUCUACUAUGCUAGAUGAUGAGAGUCCAGUGUUGCUCAGCGAACCCAAGGAGGACGAGAGAAGAGCUGAUAUGUGGUUAAGAAGUGAAGUGGAAUUUGGUUGUAUUGAUUCGUCUAACAAACGUAGAAGAUUGGAGUUAUAUCGAAGAAUGGUUACGAACAACAAGAGAAUGCAGUGUUGCGGGAUUUGUAAUCAGUGCCGAUGUGCGGCUCAUUUCCGGAGAAUGACAUCGAAUCGAAAUCGAAUCAUCAUCCUACUCUCGCUGUUGCUCAAACAGGAUUUGAUCAAUGUUCUAGUAGCGAAGCAAGCCUACAAGGAUCGCGAUGGUAUCUUCAUCUGUCACGAACAUUUCAUCCAAGCAGUAAGUCGUUAA